AUGAGAAUUCUAUACCAAUUUUUAGAUUAUCCUACAUGUAAAAUCUGUUUAGAACUCAUCCAUCUUAUUAUUACAUCAAAUGACAACUUAUUUUCAGAAUUUUUAACAGAACAAAACUUUUCACGUUUAAUUUCAUCAAUAACAGACACUGCAUUCAUUAGAAAAAUUGAUGAAGUAUUUGAUAUCAUAUAUUACAUCUUAAUUAAUUCAGAUCUUGAAAAAAUAGAAAUUUCUUUAUUAAUUUCUACAAUCAAACAAAUCGAAAUCAUUGAUAAAAACACAUCUACACAUGUAUUCCGCGUUCUUAAUGCCCUUGUUUGUCAAUAUUUUAAUGAAAACGAAAUCUCAGACUUAAUGAACUAUUUAAUUAAUAAUAAAACAAGAUAUUCAACUAAUACAUAUAUUCAUAAUGAGAUACUAACUCUUUUACGAUCAAUAUCUUCACGAAAUCUGUUUUUAGACAAAUAUUGGACUUUUUUACCCCAAAUUUUAUUAACAGACAAUACAAAACUCCUUCAUACAGCAAUAGAAUUCAUUACAUAUAUGGCAGAAAACUCAAUUUUUUAUGAAAACAUAAAUAUUGAAAUAAUUUUUCUGAAACUCCAAGAUUAUCCAUCACUUACACUUAAAUCUAGUAUAUUUAACAUGUUUAUAGCAUUAUCACAGUCGCCAACAUUCUCAAAACAAUUUAUUGAAAAAGGAUUUCUUCAAAAAAUAGAAAAUUAUUUAUUUUCAGCGGAAUUUGACUUAAAAAUUGCAAUUUUCAGUUUCUUCUCUUCAUUAAUGACAUCAAUAGAGGCUUCUUCUUAUCAUUAUUUGAAUUAUUCUCUGUUGACGAAAGCAAUUGCGUUUUCAUCGGAAGUUUUAGAUGAUAAAUUCACUAAUAACAUUCUAAAUGGUCUGACCAACAUAAUAAAAGUGUCUCCUAUUGAACAACACCCAGUUUUAUGUAAAACAGUGACUGAUGCGUUGGAAUUUGAUGAAUUUGAUAAUUUAUACCAGAAUGAAGUAACAGAUGAAACUCUAAAGAGACUAGAAGAUAUAGAAAACUGGAUUUUAGAUAAUUCUUCUUAA